AUGAUUAGUUACUUGGAGGGCAAGGCGAAUGCUGACAUGACGACUGUCUUACGUUACACGCGAACUGCCGAUAAUCGGCUGGGGAGCCUUUUCUGGGUCGAUGGUGAGAUGAUGUCAGACUAUCAGUUAUUCGGAGAUGUCCUGGCUUUUGAUUCGACGUAUCGGUCUAAUAAGUACAAGAAACCGCUUGUAGUGUUCUCCGGGUCAAAUCACCACAAACAGACAACCAUUUUAGGAUUUGCGCUGCUGGAGGAUGAGGAAGUUCGUAGUUACAAAUGGCUGCUGUUAAAUCUUGUAGACGUAAUGGGAGAGAAGACGCCGUGCAUUGUUGUGACAGAUGCGGACAAAGUGAUGCGCACAGCCAUUGCGGAGGUGUUCGCGGCAGCUAGGCACCGCCUGUGUGGGUGGCACUUGGAGAAAAAUUGUGUCCAGAGGGUUAAGGAUACCAAAUUCAGGAAGGUCUUUAAGAAGGCUAUCUAUGUGAACUUCGAGGUGGAGAACUUCGAGGAAUAUUGGAAGAUGGCGGUGGAGUCACUUGGCCUACAAAAUAAUAGUUGGGUUCAAAGCACAUACGAGGUCAAAGAAAGUUGGGCAACAGCAUAUCUCCAGGGCACGUUCUGUGCAGGAUACAGGACAACCUCAAGGUGUGAGGGGAUUAAUCCAUACAUAAAGGGGUUCCUGAAAUCCACUGAUAGCAUUUUAGAGCUGGUGCACAGCUUAGAUUGCAUUGUAAAGGAUUAUCGAAACAACAAAGUCACGGUGCAGUUCUAUUCUACGUACUAUAGCCCCGUGUUAACCACCGGUCUUGACUCUAUUGAGCUUUUUGCAUCAAAACUGUACACGCGGGCAGUUUUUAGAGAGGUGAAGAAACAAAUCAAGGGUGUUGCGACCUUGCUGUUUCGUGGGAGAGACAGCAUAAGCACAACGGUUCUCUACAAGUUUUCAAGGAUGGGCACCCCUGGUAGGAUUCACAAGGUUUUAUUCGACCCUGAUGACAAGAAAAUUCAGUGCGAUUGUGCAAUGUGGAAUAGCGAGGGUAUUCCAUGUAGUCACAUAUUCUGCAUGAUGAAAUACGAGGGUUUGGAACAAAUACUGGAGAGUCUUAUAAUGAGAAGAUGGUGCAAGGAUGCAAAGGAUUGUAGACGGAUGCCGGUGACUAUGAGACCUGGACAUGAUGGUCGCAUGCUUAGGUAUGCCGCACUUUGUUCGGCCACAAGUUUCGUCGUAAGACUUGCUUCGGAGGAGGGCGAAGACUUUGAGUUCGCGAGGGAGAGCAUCGCGAGUCUAAUAGAAAGGCUAUGUCACAAAGUUUAUGAGAGGGCAGGCAGUCAGCCAGGUAGUGGGGUCUCGCCAACGUUUGGCAACGGUUCGCAUCACGAACCUGCAGCCUCUUCAGCGUCGCACCCGACAGAGAUUGGUGGUGCGUAUGAGGAUCAAAGGUCGCCUCAUGGCGAAGCUGGUCUGAAUAAUGUGUCUAGCUCAGCAGUGAAUACAUCCUCCAUGACAAAUUGGAGAGGUAGUCCAUGUUGGCGUGCUCCGUUCUGUGGCGGGGGAAGUGGGGGGAACUUCUUCCUUGGGGGUCAACACAUCUACCAAUUCUAUGCAUCCCAACCUUGCUCCGGGCAACAAAGCGAACCGCCACCGCAGGACGUCAUGCGCAGCAUGUCGACUCCGACGAGGACAACGAAUGAGGACUUGUUUGAAGGGUGGCUGCUCCAGGAUACAGGAUGGUGCUAUAAAUCUUUCACGGCUUCAAAGGCAGCUGACCUAUUGGCUGAGACACGCUAUAGAAUUCCAAAGUGA